AUGCCGUCUGCUCCUCUCCUCCGCGUCGCCGCUCGCGGCUCUACCACCCUGCUCCGCGUCGCCCGGUCCGCCCACCAGCAGCAGCCCCUGAUUUCCCGCUCCGCCACCCUCUUCGCUCACCAGCCUGCAAACUUCACCACCUCGGUGCCGCGGCGAAGCGAGCAUGCAGAGGAGACGUUUGAGGAGUUUAGCGCCAGAUUCGAGAAGGAAUUUGACACAGUGCAGGAUGUCUUUGAGCUUCAGCGCAAUCUGAACAACGCCUUCGCCUACGAUCUCGUCCCCUCGCCUCCCGUCAUCGUCGCUGCUCUCAAAGCCGCCCGGAGAGUCAACGACCUCGCCACUGCCGUUCGCAUCUUCGAGGGAGUCAAAGCCAAGGUCGAGAACAAGGGACAGUACGAGCAAUAUCUGCAGGAGCUUCAACCCCUGAGAGACGAGCUCGGCGUGCCGCUCAAGGAGGACCUGUACCCCGAGGAGAAGAAAUAA